CAUGUAUAAUCCAUCCGGAGCUUAUAUCCUGGUAACGUCUCAUGUAUCGUGUUAUUGUAAGACCCCACAACAAUACUGGCGCUGGAUCACAAGGCGCUAGUUCUAUCACAGCACUUGGAUCGGCCUGCCUAUAUAUAAACCUCGGCGACGGCUCGGAUGCCACAACAUCUCGGUGAGCGCAGGGGAGAGGCCGCAUAUUCCGGGCCGCUCACGCUUCGAUCAAGCACCAGAACGACUACUACUACACACAUACGUCGUCCGUGAUGAAGGACUGUCGCAUCAUCUUCCUUGGAUCAGAAAAGGUUGGCAAGUCCUCACUCAUUCACCAGUUCAUGGAGGGUUCCUUUACAGAUGACUAUCGCCCUACCGUAGAGGAAAGCUAUAGAAGAAUGGUUCGACUCCCAGAUGGUAACUAUGCCAAUAUAGAGAUUCUGGACACGGCGGGGCAAUCCGACUUUCCAGCAAUGAGAAGGUUGAGAAUCGAGCACGGGAAUGCAUUCGUUGUCGUCUAUGCUGUGAAUGACGAACUCUCCUUCCAAUCUGCAAUCAGCCUCUGCAGGCUCAUCUUCUCCAUCAAAGGUCGAGUGAAUGUCCCUGUCGUCCUAGUUGGCAACAAGUUGGAUUGCGACACGACUAGGAAGGUGUCUACCGAGACCGCCACUAAACUGGCCCUGGAUGAAAUGGGGUGUUCCUAUGUGGAGUCUAGUGCCAAGUGUAACCUCAACGUUGACUGUUUGUUUGACGUACUGCUCCUCAAGAAGGUCCAACAAGAAGAGGUUCAGGAAGGUCAACCGAGGAAAACAAGGAGGAGUCAUAGUUCAAGGUCAUUGUGUUCCCAGGGUAGUAGCACGCGCAAACAGUUGCAGAGGAAUUACAGCGUCUGCAGCUGUGUCAUGGCAACGUCAGACAAGAAGAAGAAGCAUGUGCAUGGGUGCAAAAUCAUGUGACACUCGGUACACUGAGAUUUACCCUAACCCCAGGGGUGCAAGAUGCAUUUUAUCCAAUAUGAGCCAGUUCGGUUCGGAUAGCUGCUGACGAGACUAUGUAAAGUGCUGCAAGGUAAAGACGCCGUGAUGUUAUGAUUGAUCUCCUUGAUACUCCGAGAUGGCUUUGAGGAAAACUGUGACAUUUGUAGGAGUGGAUCGAUAAAGCUUGAUGACAUUUGUUGGCUGAUGGUAACGCGACACUCAACUGUAUAAAGACAUUGUGCUUUUAAUGUCAGAUUUCAGUCUGAAGUGCUGCACUAUUUAAGUGGCCCCCCUGGAAUGAGUCAACUCCUGCUAACGAGAAACCUGGUGUAUAUACCGCUAACAUGGAAGAAUUUGUUGACACAUACAGCGAAACCCCAUCAUUCCAGCGUUGACAGUGACACAGUCCAGAUUAACUGAAUGUGAACGGAAAAUAUGUUGACGUUCACAACAGGGUAGAUUCCCGGACGUAAGGACCCCCGGAAAGAUGGGUAUUGCAAAUAACAAUAGCAGAUAUCAUCUGGAAAUACACCGAUGGUACCCAUUGGAACCGGCAAACCUUGAAGAAAGCAAGCCCCGUAUUAAGUCAAUCCCAUGUGAUAUUAAGACUUUCAAUACUAGAGACACAGUAUUGAACAUAUAAUUCUUUUAUACAUUUUCAGUGUAUUUCUACGUUAUCCUCUGGGCGUAUAGCCCAUGUUAUGAAGAGACAAAGUCAGCUGAUGGCAUUCAUCAUGACACCUGUC